AUGUCCAAAGAUAUAACGUCGGUAGCAAGGUGCUGCUUUUGUGCGCCCUUGAGGUAUGGACUUUUAAUAUGGGCCUACCUAAAACUGGUCACAAGCAUAUUAGUGUUUGGAGUUAUGGUCAUAUGGCUUUUCAUCUGGAUUUUGCUUGUACAUUUCGAAAAGGGUUUGCUGAUAUUGAUAAUACCGACAACGCUCAUUCUUAUCGUUGAUAUAGUCUUUAAUUUUGUGCUUAUAAUUGGAUCGCAUAAGAAAAACAUAACAUUGUUGAGCCUGUACUAUCGCUAUGGGAUUGGACAUGCGGUCGUUUUCGUAGUUUUUGGUGUGUUAUGGAUUUUAUAUGGAAUUAGUAGAAUGGCGGCACCGGAAGAUGAUCCUAGAACUGUGCGCUUUAUUUUUGCAACGACAUCAGUUUUUAUUGUUCUUUUAAUUCUACACAUCUACUUGUUUAUAGUACUACGGAGUGAAAUUAAUAAGCUUAAAGCAAGAGAUCAGUUCAGAUACGUUGAUCAAGCCGCCGAGAGCUACAACCAAACUGAAGAUGAGUUCGACGCUUUUAACAAUAAAAUCGAGGAAAAUAAUUAA